AUGAAGGUGCCAUACGCCGUCACCACCAUCUUGAAACUCGUCGGCGCUGCUGGUCUGGCUGCCAUGCCAGUGGCUGCCGACGCCCAAGCUCUCGUUCCUCUGGCAUUUGAGCCUCUUGACCUUGGCAGCAUCAGGCCGCAAGGAUGGCUCGCGGACCAGCUGGUGCUGUCGGCGAACGGACUCGGGGGUCAUCUCAUGGACUUUUGGAAGUAUGUGCACGACAGCGCCUGGAUAGGCGGCGACAGCGAAUACAGUGUCCUCCACGAGGCUUUCCCGUACUGGCUGAACGGCAUCGUACCCCUUGCGUAUGGUAUCGACGACCCGCGCCUCAUCGCCCAGGUCCGCAAUGUAACGGAUUAUGUUCUGGACCACCAGCAAAGCGACGGGUGGCUGGGCUACGAGACGGGGACCAACCGGAACAUGUGGCCGCGCAACCUCCUGCUGCUCGCCCUGAUGCAGCUUGCCCAGGCCGACACGGCAUACACGGACCGUGUGGUGGAUGCCAUGCACCAGUUUGCCGUUCUCGCCCACUCCAUGCUGGCUGACAACUACACUGGCUUCCUCUACCACGAUGGCGACGAGUACCCAGAGAGCGCGACAGAGUGGGGGCUGUCUCGUGCGCAGGACCUCAUGCUGCCGCUGCAGUGGCUACUUGACUACUACCCGAGAAACAACACACAGAUCCUGCUAGACAACAUGCAAUUCCUCUACGACGCAGGGGUGAACUGGGACUAUUGGUACCAGGCUGACGUCUUCCCCAGAGGCGAGCUGGACAUGCUCAACCAGACUUUCUACAAUGCCCAGCCUUGGGAGUAUUUUCACGGCGUCAACAUUGGAGAGGGUCUCAAGGCCUGCGCCGUGUACAGGAGGUUCCUGCAUGACGACUCCCUCGUGGCGCUAAAUUACCAGGGAGUCAACUGGACUUUCACAUACCACGGUUCGGCGAGCGGGACGAUUCUUGCUGAUGAGUACAUUAAUGGGAUCCAGCCAUAUAUUGGGUCGGAGACGUGCACGGCGGUCGAGACCAUGUACUCCCUCAGCUACCUGUACCAGGCCCUUGGGGACAGUUACUACGCGGACAGGGCGGAGCUGACGGCAUACAACGCUCUGCCGGUAGCCCUCACACCAGACUGGUGGGCACGGCAGUACGUAGCCCAGCCAAACGAGCCGUGGUCCAAGAACCUGAGCACGACGCCCUUCUCAGACGUGAACACGGUGGGCCAGAUGUACACGCUCGAGGGUAACUACCCGUGCUGCACGGUGAACCACCCCCAGGGCUAUCCCAAGUUCCUCUCUGGAUCCUAUGUGCGUGUUGGGUCGGAUGGGCUGGCCCACGCGCUGCUAUCGCCCUCCAAUGCAAGCGUCACGCUGCAGAAUGGCGCCAACGUGACCGUCGCCGCUGAGACCAACUACCCCUUCGACCUGAGCAUUGUCUACACAGUAAGCAGCACCAGCGCGCCGUUUGACUUCUAUGUCCGAGUGCCGGGUUGGGCAGACCAGGCCCAGAGCUUCACGGCGGUCCAGGGCACAGGACAGGCGGUGACAGUGAGCCCCGACGCGGUGAGUGGCCUCCACAAGGCAGCCAGUGUCGCGGCGGGCGCCAGCGUGGUCGUCUCGUACAACUUGUCGACCUCGAUUCGGGCGGAGCAGCGGGCCAACAGCUCGGUGGCGCUGUACUAUGGCCCUCUGCUAUACGGGCUGUCCAUCUCCAGCACAAAUUCGUCGUCAGUGCCGUACGAUUACACCACCAACGCACCCAUGCCAGCGGGCUAUGCGCCUCCCGAGGCGAGAGACUGGACCAUGGUGAACACGUCGGCGUGGAACUAUGCAAUCGAUGUGUCAACAGUGACGUACUAUGGUGCAGGAGUGGAGGGCCAGGAGCUGGCAAACCCGAUCUGGUCGCCUGGCGCACCGCCCAAUUAUAUGACGGCAAAAGGUUGUCUGAUCGAUUGGCCGCUCUACGUGGGAAGCGUACCGGGCCUGGUGCCUCUUCCUGAGGACAGGCAGUGUGUGGGUGAUGUCGUCGAGGUUGAGCUGAGGCCAUAUGGGAGCACCAAACUGCACAUGGUCGACCUUCCCACAAUAGACCUGUCGGAGCAGCAAGUCAUGUUGAACAGGGACAGUUUGCAGGGGUUGUAG